AUGGCUACUAAAACCCCAAGAUGCGAUUUAUCAAAUUUUCAAUAUGUUAAAAGAGAUUUUGGCUCAUCAGUGAAAUCUAUUGGUGAAAUUAUGGCUAUUGGUCGUAAUUUUGGAGAAUCAUUCCAGAAGGCUAUAAGUCAAAUUGUUACACCGUUUGUUUGGUUUCAAGGUGGUGAAUUUGAAAAUUCAAGUGAAGAACUUGCAGAACCAAUAGAUCUUCACUGUCCAGCUGUUGUCCAAAAAUUUGAAUUAGAAGGUUCAUUAUUUGCUUUAAAUAGAUAUGUUAUUUCAAGAGCUAAGAAAUUAUGGCUUUCAGAUGAACAAAUUGCCUUAGCUGCUGGUUCAACUGGAUUAGAGGUCAGAGUCAAAAGGAGGAACUUUGAUUUCAUUCAAUUUUUGAAGAAAGUUGAUACAUUAGCUACAUGA